UUUUUAUCUAUUUUUGUCAAAUUAGAUCUAUUAAUCAAUUUAUUAAUUAUUGUUAAAACAAAAAUGAAAAGAAAAUUGAUUUAAGAGGAGAGAUAAAUCGAUGAAAAUAUUGAUUAAGAAUUAUAGGCAAUAAUAUAUAAAUACAGGAGACAUGCUUAGAAACAAAGGAGUUAUCUUGAAGACUCAAACUUUAGGAGUAUGAAAUAGAAAGACCCGGAAUCUUUUUAAAAUGAGUAUUCCAUGUCUAAGUUCCCUGGUGAUGUAUAUGAGGCAAAACAAAAAAAGAAAAACUAGACAAUAUAUGAGAUUUAUUUAAAUUAAAGGAAGAAAAAAAUAGAUUGGUUGUUUUUUAACAUUUACUAAGAAUCUUAUUUGAUUGAAAGAUAUGGAAUGGGUGUUCCUCUUUUCUUUACAAUGAUGAAAAUGACAAUUGCUGUAUUAUUGAUUCUAUUCUUUGCAAAUCUUUAUACAGGAUUAAAUUAGUUUAAUGUUUGCAAUUCUAAUCAGUGUUAUAGUUUUAUUUUUGGAGGUUUUGGUAUCAUAGAUAUUGUUAACUUGCCUAGCGAUUUUAUGAUUAGUUUUUCAUUUGCUUCUUGGUUAGUUUUUAGUUAUAUAUUUAAACUCUACAUAUACAGAAUAUGUGAAACAGAUGAUGAAAAUAGACACGAUUAUGUCGCUAAAUCGAACUAAAUUAUCCUUAAAUAUUUUCAAAAAGGGUUGUCCUAAGAAUAAAUUGAAGAGCAACUCACUUAAAAAUUCUAUCAAUAUAUUGAAAAGGAAUAAAUUCCAAUUACAAGUAAUGACAUGAGAAUUUCACUUGCUCAUGUCACCCCUAUCACUAAUUACUACAAAAUAUCUAAAAAAAUAAAAGAAACAAAUAAGAUUUACAUGAAAAUUAUAAAAUUAUUGAAAAGUAUAGAUGAAGAAAUUAUGAAACCCUAAUAAGACUAAUCAAAUGAAAGUUAAAGUUUUAGUAAUUAUAACCAAAAUUAAAACGUGAUCAUUAAUUAGAGUUUUAAAAACUCUAUAAAUGAAACAGAUUAAAAAAAAGAAAGCCAAGAUGAAAUCUAACAUAAAUAGCUACUAUUGGAAAAUAAAAAUCAAUAAAAUACAAGUUUUUUAGAAGAUUAAGCAAAUUUACAGAAUGAAAAUGAAGAAUAAAAAUAGAUAACUGAGGAAUUAAAGACUUAAGAAAUAGAGUAGAGUGAAUAAUAAUAAAACUAAAUAAAUUUAUGUCAAUCUCUUUUGUUAGAGAAUGAAACUGAAAAUUAAAUUGAUAUUAAAGAAUACAAUCAAUAAUUUAGCACAAGUUCGUCAGAUGAUGAUUACAGAAUAUAAAUAGUGGAUUUGUUUUAUUGCUAAUAACUUUUAAGAAAAGAAGAUGAUAAUAAGAUCAAAAAACUAAUUAAACUAAUUGAGAAAUAUUAGAAAAUAAAAUUGGAAUUGCAAUAAGAAUACAUUUCGAAGAAAACUCUUUCUUCGUCUUACAUAGUUAAGUGCAACAGUAUUCAGCAAAAAAAUUUACUUCUAAUUUUUCUAAAGCCUUCUAAUCUCUUUAAAAGUUUUUUUUAGAAAGCAAAAUAUAUUUUCAGAAGUAAAUACUCUAGUUAUUCUUUAGACAGAUAUUUCCCUUAAAGUUCAACACAUUUGAACAUAAAUUGGUAAACAAUUGGUAUAGAAUUACAGGACAAACUAUAAAAAUAAGCUUUAGUCUAUAUUUUAGGUCUAGUUCAGUUUGUAAUCUUUUAUUAUUUCCUAAUUAAUUUAUACUCUUUAAAGUCUGAUAAUGAUGAAGAUUAAGAAAACGUAAAAUAAUAAUAUUUAAAAAAAGCUCUAUUUUCUUUGAUUACAACAAUUUUUUACUUGAUAAGUGAAAAACUUUAUGACUUAUAUUCAGUUCACAUGAUUACUUCAAUGGAUUCAAAACGCAUCGUGUUAUACAUGCAAAAUUUAUUCACUUUUUAUUCUUUGUUUUAUAUUAUUCUCCCUCUUGUAAAUGUAUUAGCGUAUGGAAUCUCUCGGCUAAUCGAUACUAAUAAUGAUUCAUAGUUUCAACCAUUUACACAAGUACGCCCUUUUUAAAUCUUUGUUACUAAUUUUUUGGUAGCAGCUUCUCUUUUUAGUGCAAAAUCAAUAUUUGCUGUUAAGAUCAUUAAAAAAAAAAUAAUUUAAAUGUACUACUUAAAGUCUAAGAGGUAUCUAAAAAAGACAUAGUAUGAAUUGAAUAAAAUUUUUAGAAGACAAAAAUUUAGAUUAGAGGACUGCACUCUAGCUUUAUUUAACUUACUUGUCAUUUCUAUUCCGUUCACAUUUUGCUUACCCAUUUUGCUAAUUUUACCUAUUUUGUUUCUAUUUAUUAUGUAUUUCUCCUUUAAGUAUCAAUACUUGAUGGUUUUGAGACCUGGAUAUUACUGCAAAUCAAUCCAUAAAAAAACAAGUAGAAUCUUUGCUAAUUACAUCCAAAGAAUUUCGUUUUUCUCUUACAUUUUCUUUACAUCAAACAUAUUUAUACUCUUUAGUGGUGUUAUUUUCUAUUUAGCCUAUAGUAUUUUUGAGAUAGUUGUAAUAAUCUAUUUAAAGCAAAAUUUUAAGAAAAAAUAAGCUUCUAGACAUGAUUUCAUUAAUAAUAUGAUAGGAAAUUUCUAAGUGGAGAAAAAAGCUGAACUAAAUACCUAACUUAGCUAAGCAGUGGAGUAGUAUUAGUAUUUAAGUAAAAGUAAUAGCCUAAACAGUAUUUAGCCUAGAGUAUUUUUCUUUAACUAGUAAUAAAUAAAUAGUAAUGUAUAAUCAGAUCAGCUUUCGUAAGCUGAUUCAUAGAUUAAAAUGUAGACAGCAUCAGAUAGUUAAUUUAAUACAAAAUAAAAUAAGAGGUUUCAUUACUCUUUCAUGCUUUAAUAUUAAAAAUAUAAAUAUAUCUAAGACUCAUCAAAAUAAUUUCAUUGCUAAAAAUGCUGA